AUGGAAACAAGAGCAGAUUUGGCCAUGGAGAAAUUGAGACAAUGCCAAGACAGAAUUCAGUUAAACCCUCUGAAUAUGGACCUUUACAUGGAGGAGAAUAAGCUAUCACAGGAGGCAAGGCUACUUGAAAAGGCAAAGUUUCAGUUCUUGAGACAAAAGAGCUUAUUGGGGGCAAAGAAUCAUAGCAGAAAACAUGUAUGUAGUGAUAUAAUUCAACAAGGCACAUUGGUGAAUGAAGCACAAAGAGAUGAACUAACAAGAGAGUUUACGAAGGAAGAAGUGAAACAAGCACUAUGGGCCAUAGAUGGGAACAAGUCACCAGGACUUGAUGGGUACGGUAGUAAGUUUUUCAAGAACUGCUGGGGUAUAGUUGGAGAAGAUGUUACUAAAGGGAUACUAGAAUACUUCCAAAAUGGAGAAAUGCUAAGAUGGGUGAAUGACACAACUGAAACAUGUACUGCCGACAAUCAUAUCAGACAACAAAGUGCUUUUGUAACUGGAAGAACAAUAGUCCAAAACAUCCUCAUUUGUCAAGAUUUGAUGAGAUUGUAUAACAGGAAGAAUGCCACAAAAAGCUGCCUACUUAAGAUUGAUUUAAGGAAAGCAUAUGACAGUGUUGAAUGGGAUUUUGUAGAAGAAAUGUUAUACGGAUUACAGUUCCCGUACAAGUUCAUUAAGUGGAUAAUGGGAUGCAAAACCACAACUCAGUUUGUGAUUGCUAUAAAUGGAGGGCUGCUGAUGAAAUGGAUUGCUACACAGGAUGGAUUCCAGUUCCAUCCAAAAUGCAGAAGCUUGGGACUGAAUCAUUUAUGCUUUGCUGAUGAUAUGCUACUGUUCUGUAAAGGGGAAUUCGGCUCAAUCAAAUUGAUGCUACAAGGAUUGUUAACGCUUUCAGAAGCGUCGGGGUUAACUAUUAAUGCAGUUGCUAGCACCGGAGGAAAAUAUGCAUUAUCAAAGAAAAGUUCGCACCUGGAUAUGAUGGGAACAACUGGGCACCAAACAAAGGAGGUUACACAAUCCAAAAUGGAUACCAAUGGAGAAGAGGAACUGUUAAUCAAUGGCCAUGGUGGAGUGAGACAUGGAAUAGAAUGA